AAACAAACUGCUGCAGGCGUACACAGUGCGCGCGCAGACGAAACUUCAAUCAACUGUUACAUCUCAUUUUAAAAGAGUCUUGGAUGUAAAUAUAAAUGUGUGUUUGAGAUAAUGAAGUUAUUGUUAUUUUCUCUGUCAGCAAAAUGAUAAAUACGUAAAUUCCAUUGGAUUUUUAACAGUUAUUGGUUUUAUUUGUACAUAUUAAGUAGAAUAUCAACAAAGUGGAUUUAUACUUGAUUCUUAGAGCAUAAUUGCAUUUGAGGUUUUGAAGAUUAUUAAAAGACAUCACUUAUUAUAUUGUAUUGCAUCGGAAGAAAUAGUAAGAAGUUCUGAAAGCCAUGGCGUUAUUUCCGGCAAACAACACGUCUUUAGUUCUGGAAGAAUAUGUUACUAAUACUACUUUAUCAUUCCAAAUAAAUGAAAAUCUCGUGGUUUUACUUCCGGACAGUUUAGUGUAUUUCUAUCAUUUCUGUGUCACAUACGUUACGUUUAUAAUAUGGAUAAUUGCUUUCCCUUCAAAUAUCUUAAUUAUCAUUAUUUUGACUAAAAAGAAACAUAUUACGUCAUCAACUUGCGUGUACUUCCUGUCUUUAGCGUGUGCUGACUUAUGCGUCAAUUUCCGAACGCUAAAUUUCUGGCUGGUAAGGACAAAGCAAGUAACGUACACAACAGACUUUGAAUGCCAAAUAGAGAAAGGGUACCCACUCCUUGGAAUGCUUGCGUCAUCAUGGACACUGGCUACAAUAUCAUCGGAACGAAUGCUCUGUGUUGCGAUACCAUAUAAAAUGAAAGAUGUGUGCACAACGACCCUUGCGAGGGCAGUUGUGAUUGUUAUUUGGAGUAUUUCAUUAACCAUAGCUAUUAUGAAUGGAUGGUUCCAUCGAAUGGGCGUGACCGACUGUGAACUGAAAUAUGACCAUCGUGACAUUUUUAUAAAUCACAUUGCUUACCUGGAUUAUUUCCUCGAUGUUGUGAUUCCGUUUUUUAUCAUUUUCGUCAAUUCAGUUAUAACACUUAUUCGGCUUCGGUAUUGGAAAACAAGCACUUAUACAAGCCCAAAGGCCUUUGGAAAAUCGGUAACAGUUUUAGUGCUUUGUGUUAACACAAUAUUUUUUAUAACACAAGUACCUUACGGUAUUGUGUACCUAGUACAACAUGUGACAGCCGAUUCGGCGUCUGAACUCCGUAUGCUCUACUUACACUAUCUGGAAGGUAUACUGCUAGUUCUCAAAUAUGUAAAUUAUUCCGUAAAUUUCUAUAUCUACUUUAUGACUGCUUCAAAAUUUAGGAAAGAAACUCGAGAUGUUUUAUUUGUGUGUAAAAAUCGAGUUUUAACACUGUGUUCAAGAUCGAAGUGUUGCCAACAAUAGACAUUCAAAUAUAGAAAAAAUGCUGUUUUCGUAAAGUAAAGCACGUUGGAUAUUAAAAAUCGAGUUUUAUCACUGUGUUCAAGAUCAAAGUGCUGCCAACUGUUUACAAAAGACAUACAAAUAUAGAAAAAAAUGCUGUUUUCGUGAAGUAAAGCACGUUGGAUUAUAUAUUAUGUAACAUGUUCGCAAUGCAUUGUAGAAAAAAGUGGUAAAAAAGUGGUCAAUCGUUUGUUGAAUAAAGUUAUUAGAGCGAUUAUUCUUAUAAAGAAAAUUAAAAACUUUUAGCCUUGUGUAUAAAGUAUAGAAUAUGAUAAUUUUGCAGUUUUCAUUCAGUAAAGCUAUGCAUUUAUAAUCACUGAAGAAGUACACGAAAAAAAGGAAAGACAUAAGCAUUAAUUAUUACAAAGCGAUGUAGAAAUCAGAACCCGUGUGUGCUGCUUCAAGUAUACACUCCUUUUUCAAAUAUUAUCAGUGUAAUUAUUUCUAUUAAAUCGUUUAACCAUUUAUAACCUUCAAGUUGAACUCUUUUCGGCGAAAAUUUUGCCAUUCCGAUUUUAUUUUCGCAACAUAAGGCUUGUAACUAAUAUAAUAAUAUUAAUCAAUACAUGUAUAUAAAUCAAUGAAUGAUGUCAACAACUACAGAACAUUUUAAAAUUGGCACCUUUAUUACACCAAUUGAUCAAGUAUGUUAUAAGCAAAAAAGAAACCUAAGAAUUUCGAUACUUCAUUUGUUACAAAUACAAUGAUUGCCUUGGAUUGUAACUAAAAUGAUAAUGUUGAAGUGAAAUGAUCCAAUAAUGUAAUGCAAUAAAUAAUUCCUUUGAUAGGAUUUACAAUAAGACAACAAACCAAUAAGAAAUUACAUACGGAUUUUGGGUCAUGUGGGAGGUAC